AUGGGAGAACAAUCUGUUCCUGUGUCGUCUACAUCUCUUAGGAAUUCUAUUUCCUUUGCAGACAUGGUCAAAGGUAAACAAAUACAGAAUCAUUCUAUUAUUGAUAUUAGCAGUUUACUAAAUCCUGUUUUUCAUGAUGAUAAACCCUCUAUGGAAAUCCCGUUAGAUUUUUUUCAAGAAGGGUGUGCGGCUUGGAAUUUUAGUCUCAUUGGUAGACUGGAUUUUAGGGUUUCUCGCUUUACUGAUGUUAAGAAAUCUUUGGAAGACCAAUGGAGUUUAGGUCCAGGAAGGGUCAAGUUUACGCCUAUGUAUAAGGGUUUCUUUAUUAUCAAGUUUUCAACUGAGGAAGAUAAACUAAAAAUCCGUGACAAAACAUGGAAAAUCGAUCAGCAAGAGUUACAUCUUCGUGACUGGUUUCCAUGGUUUGAUCCGAAUAAAGAAAUUUCUUCUCAUGCUGCUGUUUGGGUUGAUUUUCCUGUCUUAUAUGUUGAAUUGUGGACGGAAAAAGUGUUGUUAUCUCUUGGAAAAAACCUAGGCACUCCCAUUAUGGUAGAUAAGAAUACCUUGAAUCAUGAGUAUGGUUGUUAUGCAGCUAUUUUAAUUGAUAUUGAUUUCACAAAGAAAGUUCCAGAUUCCAUUCAUGUAACAGUGGAUGGAAGAAGUUUCGAUCAGUUUGUUGAACUUCAAAAAAUUCCUAAAUUUUGCUCAUGUUGCAGAAUUGUGGGUCAUGUUGAAUCUGAUUGUAGGAGAAAAACUAAGAAGAAUCCUUUGGAUAAUCCUGCUAAAAGUAAUCUGAAGUGGCAGCCAGUUAACAAGACGAUGCGAGAAGCUAAGGUGCCUGAAGAUACUAAUGUGCUGGGAGUUAAUCAGAAUUCUGUUGAUAAUAAUUCAGUUUCGUUGUUUGAUGUUAUUGGUGUUUCUGACUCUACAGCUAAUUAA